AUGUUGCUUGUGCGGACCGAGGCACUUCUGGUCGAGGCGCGGCUGCGGCAGCUGGAGGGGCGGACGCAGGCCGGCGACAGCGGGAAGCCGCGCGGCAAGCCUGACACACCCAAGUACGACAAGUCGCGGCAGGGGGCUGUCGCGGCGCUGGCCUCCACGCCCAAGGCGUACAACGCGGACGCUGACGUGGCAGAGGUGCCCAAGAAGAAAAAGAAGAAGGAGGGCGAGGAGACGCCUGCAGCGGAGGACGGCAGCAGCAAGAAGGAGAAGAAGAAGAAGCGCAAGGCGGAGGACGACGAGGAGGCCCCCGCGGCGGCGGUCAACGGCGGCGGCGACGAGGAGGAGCCCGCCAAGAAGAAGAAGAAGAAGGACAAGAAAGAGAAGAAGGAGAAGUGA